CACAUCUCAAAUGUAAUCAUGCAUGCUCAGUUUUUUUCUGUUUCAUUGAUUUUAACUUCAUGUUGACAAACCAUCAUGUUCAAAGACAGAAGGAGGAGCGUAACAUGCUGCGAAUUUAAGAAGUCAUGAAGUCCUCAGCACGUUUAGAUCAAAUCUGAUGAAGACGUUUGUGUGUGUGAGGGAAGAGCAAAACACUCCUGAAUGAGAUCUACACAGAGCUCUACAUCACCGAGAGUGAGAGUGGACAGAUCAGUAAUGAACAUGAGCAGGAAUGCAGAGCGGUUCAUUCCAUCUCUAUGUGAAGUGUUUGGACCCAGAGUGAAGGCAGAUCAGGUGACUCCUCUGCUCCAGGCUUUGGACUUUAGCAUCACUCUGAGUGGAAAAUUACCCAGCAGCACCUGCAGAUCUGUGGGGAGAGUUCUGGGCCUUUCAGCCUCAAAACUAAACCUGACUCUAAAGCCACAAGCCAUCUCUGUCAGAGGACUCGAACGGCUUUUCAAACACAUCAAACAUCUUCAGAAACUGAGUCUGGAAGACAGGAUGUUAGUGAAGAUGGUCAGAGCGCUGAGGUCAUUUAAGGGUCCUUUUCCACUGACCACAGAUGAGCUCUCACUGAUCACAAAAGACUCGAAGCAAAAUCUUCCUCAUAUCCUGAGCAGAUUGACGUCUCUCCUGAGUCUGUUGUCUGUCCAGUGUUUGGAUCUCACUGAGUGUAAAUCAGAGGCUCUGUCUCUCACGACUCUGUUUGGUCUCCAGGAACCCAUGACUAUCAGGUUCUCUAAAGAGGCUCUUCAGCAGCUGGUUUCAGUGGUGUAUGAAGCACAGGAUGAUGAACUGACACGCUGCUUUCUGAAGAAGGUGUCUAAGGAUCUGUCCUCCUGCUCACUGACCUGGGAAGUGAUUCAUUACCUGCUGCAACAUCAAGCUAUAAACUUGAAGUUGGACUUCAGAAGAGCAAAAUCACUUGUGAAAACAUCAGAGAACUUCUGCCAUUAUUAGACAGAAUCCAGCUGAAACGUGUUGACAGGCUGCUGUUGCUGAAGCUGCUUCAUUGCUGCAGUUCCUCUGAUCUCCAGCAGAAGGCAGCAGAUGUUCUUCUCUCGGCUCUUCACAACAGACUGGACUUCUCCUGCUGCUCUGCUCUGGGUUCAACAAAC